AUCCAAGAACUCAACAAAUUAUAAAAAAAAAAUUUCGUCCAGCAUGUCAACCUAAAGAUUGGAUAGAAGAAUCUAAUUUGAAACCAUUGUAUUUACAUUUUCUUAAACAUCAUACACGUACCAAUAUUCAGUGGUAUAAAGUUUUUCUGAUUGAAAUAAACAAACAACAUGCUUUAUUAAAAGCAGCAGGAUGUUUUAAUGUAACACCUUAUCCACUUGAUGACCAAUUGUGUGAAUUUUGGACAAGAGUAGAAAAUUGGAAAAAAGAUUUAGAAACAAUGCAAAUGUUAUAUGAAAAAGGAUUAUUAUAUGUAAAUUUGACUUCCAAAAAAUCUGAAUUAUGUGUCUCAAAUUCAU